AUCGAAUAUAUUUAUUUUGCAAUUUACAGUGAUUCUCGUUCAACUCCAUUAAAAAACGAUAAGAGUAGCUGCGAUAGCGGCGUUUGUGUAAACAUGGAGGAUCGAUCAACCUCAAAAAAAGUCGAUACACAUCCAGACACUGAUGAAAUGACCAUAAUGGAAGUAACCAGUUGCAUUGACAAAGCUACUUCAUCUCCACUCAGUGCGAAUAGCAACACUACACCAAGUUCUACUGUUAAUGAGGAAUCGGAGAUUAGAAGUGCAGGUUGCAUCAAAAUGGAAUUAACAAAAUAUACCACAGACACAGAAGAAGAAGUAAUCGCUACCGCCAUGGAAGAUGAAUCCGCAGCGGCGACCGCUUUAAACAGUAAUACUGCUGAGACACCCACUUUUCCCCGUCGCACUCGUCGAGGAACGCGCAAUUACCGACAAAGCACACAAGAUGAUGAGUGCGAAGAAGAGCCGCCUGGAAGAAAUUCGUCCGUUGUAGACGGAACUGAGGAAGAGCAAAUGCCAUUGCUUUCGGUAACACCAGCUCCGGCGGAAGGAGACAUAGCCGAAAAUAAUCUUGAUGCCUCGAUGCCAAGCGAAAGGGAGAGUUCGCCUGCUGCAUCUUCGCCCAUUGUCACGAGUGGACCGUUUGACACCAGUACUCCAAAUUUCACUGAUGACGAUGAUGACGAUGACGAUGAGGAUGAGGACGAUGAUGUCGACGAUGUCGACGAUGACGACGAUGACGACGAUGAGACUGAAGAUGAGGAGGAACAUAACUCGAGCGAUAACUCCGAGCACGCGAAUGCAUUAGCUGACGUAAUGAACAAACCUAAACCACAAUACACCUGGUGCUCGACAUAUGAGCUAAUGCGAAGGGAGCACGGACUGAGUGGUGACGGCCGCCGAUCAUUAGCCAGUGGUAUGUCACCUGGUUUCAAUGCACGCUUUUAUGCUGCACGGCAUGUAGUUGAACGUAUGAAGAUUUCUCAUCGCUUACUCAAGCAUAAUGGCUGUGUAAAUUGUUUGAAUUUUAAUCGCUCUGGCGACUUGCUCUGCUCCGGAUCGGACGACAUGCGCAUUGUCGUCUGGAAUUGGCCACAUAAAAAACCAAAAUUGGUUUUCAAAUCUGGGCAUACUGAGAAUAUUUUUCAAACGAAAUUCAUAAAUAGUCUAGGUGUUUUGGAUAUUGUGUCAGCCGGACGUGAUGGCCAAGUACUACGUUCUAUUGUACCUCCGUCUGGGGGAAAGCCGCAAACUUCUUUUCUAUAUCGUCAUAUGGGCUCUGUACAUAAACUCGUUAUAAGUCCCAAUAAUCCCUUUGAAAUCAUCAGUGCCGGAGAGGAUGCACGUAUACGUCGUAAAGAUUUGCGGAGUGAUGAGAGUGCGACAAUUCUAUGCAAGGUGGAUAGCAUAAAGAUGAAAAAAAUACGCCUCUUUAGUAUUGCCCAUCAUCCAUAUGCGCCUGAGAUAUGUGUGUGUGGUUGUGAUAAUUUUGUGCGAGUCUAUGAUAAACGUAAUAUGAAUAAACCAGUACAUCAAAUGUGCCCCGAUCAUUUAGUUAAAGCGUCUAUACCCCAAGUUACUUGCGCUGUCUAUAACAGUACAGGAAGUGAAGUUCUUGCUUCUUAUAGUGAUGACCAUAUAUACUUAUUUAAUAAUAACGAGUACAAGACGGGUGAAUAUACGCAUCGCUACCGUGGACAUUACAAUCACAAAACUAUUAAGGGUGUCAACUUUUUUGGGCCCAAUUCAGAGUAUGUGAUUAGCGGUAGUGAUUGUGGUAACAUAUUUUUCUGGGAUAAAAAUACUGAAGCAAUUGUUAAUUUUAUGCCGGGUGAUACUAUGGGUGUGGUAAAUUGUUUGGAACCACAUCCGACGAUUCCUGUGCUGGCUACAUCUGGCCUCGAUUCCACCAUAAAAAUUUGGACACCAAGUAGUGAAAUGUAUCCUCCGGAUUUAUCGAAACUCGAGGCGUGCGUUAAACGCAAUCUAAGACGCUCUCUUUUCGGCGAAGGCCGAGGUUUCGAUGGUCGAGAAUUUCACUACUUUAUACGCCAAUUUCUUCGCCGUCCUCCGCGACGUGUUACGUAUUUAACGGGUGAAGAUGUGGGCGAACAGACUGACAGUAGCAGCAGUGAUGGUUUAGACAGUGAUGGUUUAGAUUGUCCACGAAUUGAGGGUAUACAAUGCCACACGCAAUGAAAUUGAUUUUUUCCGCCGCCAACAUUUUUAAAAAGUGGCCGAAUUGUUUAUGAAAUAAAUAUGUUGGAAGAAAUAUCAA